AUGCCCCGGGCGCCUGCGCUCGGGUCCCCGGUGUCGCUGCUGCUGCUGCUGCUGCUGCUGCUGCCGCCGCGCGGCGCAGGGGGGCUCAGCGAGCGCCCGGACGCCGUCUCGGACUCCUCGGCCCUGGAAGGCGAAGAGGGCGCGGAGCAGCAGCUGGAGCACUACCACGACCCGUGCAAAGCCGCUGUCUUUUGGGGAGACAUUGCCUUAGAUGAAGAUGACCUGAAGUUAUUCCAUAUUGACCAGGUCAGAGAGUGGCCCAAGCAGUCGGUGGAGGAAGUGGGACACAGCACAGGUGGGCUUGCGGAGCAGCCAUCCGAGAGCUGGCCCGAACAGCAGCAGGGAAGAAGCUGGAGAGGAAAACCGACCCUGGCAUUACCAGGCCACGUGCAUGUGGAGCGCAGCCUGUCCGAGCACCAGGGGACAGCUGCGUGUUAUUCCCUCAAACGGAGAAGUAUUUUUGCCCAUUCUCCAAAGGAGAGUGACAAGGAGAAUGCCACGCCUCCGCACAGCCCUGGGAUGGUGCAAGCCGCAGCCGAGACCUCCUCUCCUCGGGUUCGAAGAGCCACGACCUCAAGGACGGAGAGGAUAUGGCCCGGGGGGGUCAUCCCCUAUGUCAUUGGAGGGAACUUCACUGGAAGCCAGAGGGCCAUUUUUAAGCAGGCCAUGAGACACUGGGAGAAGCACACCUGUGUGACCUUCGUAGAACGGACCGACGAGGAAAGCUUUAUUGUGUUCAGUUACAGAGCCUGUGGCUGCUGCUCCUAUGUCGGGCGCCGAGGAGGAGGCCCGCAGGCCAUUUCCAUUGGGAAGAACUGUGACAAGUUUGGCAUUGUGGCUCAUGAGCUGGGCCACGUGGUUGGGUUCUGGCAUGAACACACCCGCCCGGACAGAGACCAACACGUCACCAUCAUCAGAGAAAACAUUCAGCCAGGUCAGGAGUAUAAUUUCUUGAAGAUGGAAGCUGGGGAAGUGAGCUCCCUGGGAGAGACCUACGACUUCGACAGCAUCAUGCACUACGCCCGGAACACCUUCUCCAGAGGAGUUUUCUUAGACACCAUCCUUCCCCGUCGAGAUGACAACGGUGUCAGGCCCACCAUCGGCCAGCGCGUGCGGCUCAGUCAGGGAGACAUAGCACAAGCCAGGAAGCUGUACAAAUGCCCAGCUUGUGGGGAGACCCUGCAGGACACGACAGGAAACUUUUCCGCUCCUGGUUUCCCAGAUGGCUACCCUUCCUACUCCCACUGUGUGUGGAGGAUCUCGGUCACUCCAGGGGAAAAGAUCGUCCUAAACUUCACGUCCAUGGACCUGUUCAAAAGCCGUCUGUGCUGGUACGACUACGUGGAGGUCCGCGACGGUUACUGGAGAAAAGCACCCCUGUUGGGUCGGUUCUGUGGCAACCAGGUCCCGGAGCCCCUGCUGUCCACGGACAGCCGGCUCUGGGUGGAGUUCCGCAGCAGCAGCAACACCCCGGGCAGGGGCUUCUCUGCCGUGUACGAAGCUACCUGCGGUGGAGACAUCAACAAAGAUGCCGGCCAGAUCCAGUCUCCCAACUACCCCGAUGACUACAGGCCUUCCAAGGAGUGUGUGUGGAGGAUCACCGUCUCCGAGGGCUUUCACGUGGGGCUCACCUUCCAGGCCUUUGAGAUCGAGAGGCAUGACAGCUGUGCCUACGACUACCUGGAGAUCCGCGACGGCCCCACGGCCGAGAGCGCCCUGCUUGGCCACCUGUGCGGCUACGAGAAGCCAGAGGACGUGAAGUCGAGCUCCCACAGGCUGUGGAUGAAGUUUGUGUCCGACGGCUCCAUCAAUAAAGCAGGCUUUGCGGCCAGUUUUUUCAAGGAGGUGGAUGAGUGUUCCUGGCCAGACCACGGCGGGUGCGAGCAUCGCUGUGUCAACACGCUGGGGAGCUACAAGUGUGCCUGCGACCCUGGCUAUGAGCUGGCCCCCGACAAGAAGACAUGUGAAGUGGCCUGUGGCGGCUUCAUUACCAAGCUGAAUGGAACCAUCACCAGCCCCGGGUGGCCCAAGGAGUACCCCACAAACAAGAACUGUGUGUGGCAGGUGGUGGCCCCUGCUCAGUUCCGGAUCUCCCUGCAGUUUGAGGUGUUUGAACUGGAAGGCAAUGACGUGUGUAAGUACGACUUCGUGGAGGUGCGCAGCGGUCUGGCCCCGGACGCCAGGCUGCACGGCAGGUUCUGCGGCUCUGAGAUGCCCUACGCCAUCACGUCCCAGAGCAACAACAUGCGCGUGGAGUUCAAGUCGGACAACACGGUUUCAAAACGCGGCUUCCGGGCCCACUUCUUCUCAGACAAGGACGAGUGCUCCAAGGACAACGGUGGCUGUCAGCACGAGUGCGUCAACACAUUCAGCAGCUACCUGUGCAGGUGCAGGAACGGCUACCGGCUCCAUGACAAUGGCCACGACUGCAAGGAGGCCGGCUGUGUGCACAAGAUCAGCAGUGCUGAGGGGACCCUGGCGAGCCCCAACUGGCCCGACAAGUACCCCAGCCGCAGGGAGUGCACCUGGAACAUCUCGUCCACCGCCGGCCACAGGGUGAAACUCACGUUUAAUGAGUUUGAGAUCGAGCAGCACCAGGAGUGCGCCUACGACCACCUGGACGUGUACGACGGCCCCGACAGCCUGGCCCCGCUCCUCGGCCGCUUCUGUGGCAGCAAGCGGCCCGCGCCGGUGCUGGCCUCUGGCAGCAGCCUGUUCCUCGGCUUCUACUCGGACGCCUCGGUGCAGAGGACAGGCUUCCAGGCGGUGCACAGCACAGAGUGCGGGGGCAGGCUGCAGGCCGACGUGCAGACCAAAGAGCUCUAUUCCCAUGCCCAGUUUGGGGACAGCAACUACCCGAGCCAGGCCCGCUGUGACUGGGUGAUCGUGGCUGAGGACGGCUACGGCGUGGAGCUCGUCUUCCGUGCCUUUGAAGUGGAGGAGGAGGCCGACUGUGGCUACGACUACAUGGAGGCCUAUGAUGGCUACGACAGCUCAGCGCCGCGGCUCGGCCGCUUCUGUGGCUCCGGGCCUCCAGAAGACAUCUACUCUGCCGGGGACUCCCUGAUGAUCCGAUUCCAUACCGACGACACCAUCAGUAAGAAAGGCUUCCACGCCCGGUACACCAGCACCAAGUUCCAGGAUGCCCUGCACAUGAGGAAGUGA